GCGUAAGAUGCUGCUUCUGUAGGCAGGAAGAUGGCGGAUGUUUGGAGACUGGAGAGCAGCAGCUAUAGUUGAUAAAGGGAAUCAGACGGCAGCGAUCAGAGGACAAACCAGGACGGACAGGGAGGAUGGACGCACACGCCGGCAGCAUGUCUCGCUCCUCUGAUAGCGAGGACGGCUGCUUCGUCGCCAUGGACACCGAGGACGCCAGCGCCACUUUACCAGGGAGUCACGACGACCAGAUCGCAGAAACGGAAGCAGCAGGCAGCUCAAACUGCGCAAAGCAUGCUGGAAAAAGCUGCCAGAGAGCCAUGGGUGAGCUGCCGGAGGAGGUGCUGGAGUACAUCCUGUCCUUCCUCUCCCCAUAUCAGGAGCACAAGACCGCCGCCCUGGUGUGCAAACAGUGGUAUCGCCUCAUCAAAGGUGUAGCGUAUCAGUGUUACCAUGGUUUCCUGAGGGCCAUUCAGGAAGGAAACAUUCAGUGGGAGAGUCGCACCUACCCGUAUCCCGGAACCCCCAUCACACAACGCUUUUCUCACAGUGCAUGUUACUACGAUUCAAACCAGUCGAUGUACGUGUUUGGUGGCUGCACUCAGAGCAGCUGUAAUGCUGCGUUUAAUGACCUGUGGAGACUCGACCUGAACAGCAAGGAGUGGAUACGACCGCUCGCUUCAGGCUCGUACCCGUCUCCUAAAGCCGGUGCCACGCUGGUGAUGUUUAAGGACCUGCUGGUGCUGUUUGGAGGAUGGACUCGGCCCAGCCCGUACCCUCUGCACCAACCGGAACGCUUCUUUGAUGAGAUCCACACCUACUCUCCCUCCAAAAACUGGUGGAACUGUAUCGUGACGACUCACGGUCCUCCCCCGAUGGCUGGUCACUCCUGUUCAGUCAUUAAAAACACGAUGGUGGUGUUCGGUGGAUCUCUUGGAGCACGACAAAUGAGUAAUGAAGUGUGGGUUCUGGAUCUCGAGCAGUGGUCCUGGUCCAAACCCACCAUCACAGGCCCGGCUCCUCACCCUCGAGGAGGCCAGAGUCAAAUUGUGAUAGAUGGCGAGACGCUGCUCAUCCUGGGGGGCUGCGGUGGCCCCAAUGCUCUGCUGAAGGAUGCCUGGUUGUUGCACAUGGGCGCCUCCACCUGGACAUGGCAGCAACUGCGAGUAGAGAAUGAGGAACACGGAGCUCCUGAGCUCUGGUGCCACCCGGCAUGCAAGGUGGGUGAGUGUGUGGUUGUUUUCUCACAAGCUCCUUCUGGCCGCGCCCCUUUGAGUCCGAGUCUGAACUCCCGCCCUUCCCCGAUCAGUGCUACGCCCCCUCCGCUCGGCCCAGACACACCGCCUCUGCGGUCACAGUCUCCUGUGCGCUCUGGUGUUGUUCUCGGCAGCGUGGAGGAGGCGCCUUGUGUCAAUGGACGCUGGGGAACGCUCCGGCCACGCCCGGCAACUGUUAGAAGCGGCGCCAGAGAUGGAAGUCCCUCCUCUUCACAGCAGCCAUCACCAUCACAGGCCCCAGACAGCCCGCCUUUGCUUAAUGGAUCCUCCCCUUCGCCUCAUACUAGUCCCUCCCACCCACACGGUCAUGCCCAUUUACCUACAGAUUACGGAUGGGAGUCUCCACCUUCUUCUGCAUCAUCAGUGGCUACAGCUUCCUUGGAUCCGCCGAGCACAAAUGGCAUCCAUACUCCACCGGGCGCCGUUUCUCCUGCUGCGCUCCGCAGAGGUCUGGAAGCUGUUAAAUCCCUCGCAGCAUCAUCAUCUUCUUCCUCAUCAUCCUCUAACCCCGCCCCUAGCUCCAGCCCUGCCUCAUUAAGCCCGCCGCAGGUCGACGGUCACUCGAUCCCUCCGAUCGCACGGCGCCUGGGCCACUCGGUUCCUCCCCAGAGCCUGAAUGUGGGAAAGCCGCUGUACCAAGCGCUCAGCUGUAAGCCCAUGCAGAUGUAUGUGCUGGACGUUUCAAGGGCUAAAAAAGAUGGUGCCGUAGCAUGGCGCGUCUUUGGCAGCAGCGCGGUCACUGGGCCGCCAGAGACAAGCCUACACACGGUGGUGCAGGGCAGAGGAGAGCUCAUCAUCUUUGGCGGGCUCAUGGACAAAAAACAGAACGUCAAAUACUACCCCAAAACCAAUGCCUUGUAUUUUGUACGUGCUAAAAGGUAAUGAGAGAGCACAAGAAGGACGGUGUGUGAGAUUUGGGAAGAUCGGAUUGGAAAUUUAGCCACGUUCUGACCAGGACACUGACAUCCUGAGACCUGUCUGUUGGGGAGAGACUGUAGCGACUCUGAGUCACAUUCCCAACACUAAUUCCUCAUCUCUCUUGAAAAAUCAAUUUUGACACAUAUAAAGGACACGUAUUGAAGAA